GCUUUGGGCGAUCAGAUGCUGCGGGGAUCUUUUGUUGCCUAAAACAAAGUCCAGAAUAGGCGCUAGGUUGAUGCCCAUAGCGCUGGAAAAGGCGCGAUCUGGACGGCAGUAUCGCGUGGCUGUUCCGCGACCAUCUCCUCAUGACGACGAUUCACCUGACCCCCGCUUGUACUUGUUCCGGUCUCCUUGAAGUCAGAUUGCAUUUGUCCACUCUUCCUGUCUUCGACUUCGAAAUGCAGUGCCGGCUUGUAUAGCCCUUACACAGUUCCGUACUUUUUGGGAUCACGCGCGAGUACUUACCAAUGGCCUCGAUAUGGCGGUGUUUAUCGACCUCGACGAUGAUGACUGCGCCCACAGUCAAUCGCCCCUCGACCCGGCAUCAACGCGACACGUUGUCCGCCAGUCCGUUCAACGAGACCAGCUGAAACACCUAGAAGAAGGAGGAAAUGAUGCGCUGCAUGGGAAUAGCCCGGCAGAUAACAUCCUAGUCGAUGUUAUGAGUCCGCCGAACAAACUCGCGGCUGCUUUGACGUGCUAUCCAAUUGCCUGGUCCUUGUCCUCCUCGCUCGAUAUCAACGACCUACAUGCACUUGCAUCCACCUGCAAAAGUGUGCAUACGAGCUUGACGCAGUAUGCGCAGCAGCUCAAGGCUCAUUCUCUCCGAUGCGUCCACGACGAGAUUCCCAUGCUGACAGCAGCACUCCCGGAACAAGCAGAAGCAACGCAGAUCGAAUACUCUUUAUACGAUGCUUUCCUACCUACAGGCCCCGCGUAUGUUCCUCAGCAUCUCCCGGCUGGUGGCGCCCGUGAUGCCGGGCGGCAAUCUCAACCCGAAGGACUUUAUACAUCGAUGGGAGUUACAAGCAAGAUAAGCCCUUGUGCUCGUGAUUUAGUGGCUCCUUGUCGGAAUUGCGGCACGAUUAUCUGUCGCAAUUGCACGAUUAAGCCACCCAGCAAUUCGAAGCUGAAAGGUCGCCAUCGACGACUGUGCAGAACCUGCUUGGAAGCACCCAUAGAAGCGCAUUUACAGCCAAUUGCACUCAAGAUUGACGUUGUCGAUGGAGGAGCCAGGUCAAGCGCGAGUUCGGUCAAGUCUGCACGCUCAUUUUCUGGUUCGUCGACUUCGAGCGGGACUGACACCCUUGAGAUGCAAGUUGAUGAACAGGAAGAUCAGCAUACAUCCACUUCAAUAGCUUUUCUUCGUUCACCAUGCACCUGUGAGUCUCGUGGUGUUUUCCUGUGCGUGCCUUGUGGCCAGAAUCUCACUUCAGCCGACACUACCUACCAACGAGUGUGGACUUGGCGAUCACGAUAUUCGACCCAUAUAGGCGGUGGUCUUGGGACCGGCCUGGGAGAGGGAAAUCAAGGGCAAAAAUGUGGAAGGGGAGAAGCUUGCUUGGACAAGGGCGGCAAAGCUGUAUGUUGGGUCGAGAUCGACUGUUCCGAGGGAACAACAGAGGACCGCGAACAUGAUGGCCACAAUUUGAGUCGAGCAGGCGCGCCUGACUACGUCAACAACAAGCCUGGCUAUCUGCAGCAGGAGAUUGAAGGCAUAGGCGGAGUGGUGAAGAAGAAGGUUAAGAAGCGUGUUAAGGUUGGGGGAACUUGCUGGGAAUAUGCUGAUGAGAGAGAAAGCGGAAAGUAUCUCGAGCGAGAAGCGCAAGGGACGAUUCGCAGCUGGUGCGCGUGGUGCAAUCGACUGUGUUUAGACGAAAAGGAUCGAGCAUCUCCCAUCAUGAUGAUGUUAUGAGGCGUAGUGCCCGGACUGGAGCGAAAAUUAGAGGGAUAUAGGUUGGAAAAUGGAAGUGUACAGGGAAAAUCAGAA